AUGGCGACAGAUAAUGACUUUGAGGACUGGGCUCUCAUGUACACAAUGAACCAAAUCGAUGGCGUCUUAUAUUUGGGUGGAAUCGCGGCCACGAAGAAAGUCGAUGAUCUCAGGAGGGCUAACAUCACAACCAUUCUGUCGGUCAUAUCCGAUAAGAUCCCCCGCGAAGACAGAAUCUCUGGCAUCACUUACUACUGGGUUCAGGCGGACGAUGCGGAAGAUGAAGACCUAUUGACGUGGUUUCCCGAGAUGUAUGACAUCAUCGACAGGUGUGUGGUGUCGGGCACAGGGAUUCUCGUUCAUUGCGCGGCCGGUAUAUCUCGAUCGUCAACCACUGUCUGCUCCUAUUUGAUGAAAAAACGGCAGAACACGUACGAACAGAUCGUCCAAUUUGUUAGGUCCCGGCGCCCUAUCAUUGACCCAAACCCGGGAUUCGUGGCUCAGCUGGAGUUGUGGCAGGAGAUGGGCUAUCGGUUGGACGCAAACAGCCAUCGCUUUCGACAGUAUAUGAGAGAAAUAUAUUUUCAGAGAUUCCCGUUUAAAAUGAAGAAAUACUUCUCCAGACUGACGGCCGCCGAGAAUAUGACACAACCGUUGAAUUUAGGGCAACAGUAUGUCUGCAAGAAAUGUGGUGAAAGGCUUUUCCAUGAGCUCCAUGUGCUCAAGAGAAGUGGCGACGCAAUAAAGGGCACCUGUGGUUAUGUUUUCAUAGAUCCUCAGCCGUGGAUGUCUGAGCUGAAUGGGUCACAACCAAUACUUGACAGGUCUUCCGAUCAGCCCAUCAGAUGCCAAAAGUGCAAACAACAGGUGGCAAAGUGUUGGACAACUCCGUCGGCCUACCAGUGCCCCUGUAUCGACCACUCGGGGUUUAAACAGAUCAGAGUUCAGAUGUUGGACAAC